AUGAAGUAAAUGAUUCAGGCGAAGAAAAUGAUUCAGGCGAAGAAAAUCCAGUUGAAGCAAAUGAUUCAAAUGAUUCAGAUGAAGUAAAUGAUUCAGACAAAGAAAAUUCAGUUGAAGCAAAUGAUCCAGACGAAGUAUAUGAUUCAGACAAAGAUUCACAUUUUGCAUUAUACGUAUUACAAUGUAUAAUGGUCUCUGUACAUUGGAAAAUUUGA